CAUCACAUGAAGCCAUAUCUCAACGAUUUUUAUCAAGUCAUCUAAAACUUCUCAUUUCAAACUGAACCUUUAUAAUAUCGGAGGAACAAUUAGAACACGAAUAAACAACAUCGACGACAGCGACGACGACAAGAAGAACAACAUCAACGCUAAAGCAGUCUUAUAGUUACAACUCAACAUAUUUACUUCAAGUACUUAAAUUAAAAACGUCACCGAUUCACCGAAACAGUACUACAACAUCCGAUAAUAAUUACGGAAAUCCUGAGCUUAUUGUGGAUCAUUAACUUUUUCACUAUUUACUGCAUUGCUUUGUAUGAGGAUUUGGUAGUCUUAGAAGACGUCCGAACACAGCAUUCAUGUAUUACAUGCGGAACGCCACAUAGGAAACGCUAAACAACAAGCAGCAAAAGAUAGAGCACACGGACGUCUUGAAUCAAACUCCGUGUGAAUGAACUCUACCCUUUAAGGAAUCUGGAAAUGAAAAGAGGAAGGAAAAUGGGGGCCCACCAGAUGAUGAUCAUUAUGAUCCUUGUUCUCUACGCUGUCUUGAAGUCUGAUGGGUUGAUAUACGAGGCUCGAGUGAACAGCAUUUGCUCUUUCGAAGUCGACCAAACAGCGACCGGAGGCUUAACCAAUCAAAAUUGCUUCAUAACGAAUCUCAAUUACGGGGUUGCGGUGGCUACAGAUAGAAGAGAGAACAUUCUCUUUUAUUCAGACAUCGGUACGUUGGAGAUACGAUCGUAUGACACGGAGACGUUACCCGCUGGGAAAGGGGACAGGAUACUGUAUGGAUUCGGGAGCGUAGAAGACAUGGCAGUUGACUGGGUGGCCAGGAACCUCUACACAGCCGACCAAUCGUUCCGCCAGAUUGCUGUGUCGAAGUACGACGGUUCGAUGAGAGCUGUACUCAUACAAGAUGACGUGGGCAAACCCAGGAGUAUUGCGCUACAUCCUGAACAGGGAUUAAUGUUCUGGGCUGAUUAUGGCGGACUGCCAAGCAUCGAACGAGCUAAUCUAGACGGGACGGAUCGGACGACGAUCGUCGAUGCGAACGUUCAGUUCCCUAACGGACUCGCCAUCGACCUCCAAAAUAGCAUUAUUUAUUUCGCAGACCGCGGAAGUGAUAACGUCGCCUCAGUGGAUUUCAACGGCGGAAAUAGACAGCUCAUUCAUUAUCAAUUUGGGGGUGAUUUCUUCGACAUGGUGCUCGUUAAGGACCAUCUAUUUGUGACGAGCUGGACAUCGGGAGAGGCUGGUGGCCAUAUCACAACCAUUGCUAAUGUCAGCGAGAUCAACCAGGCCGUCGACUUCGAGAUCAUUGAUCACAACACGUUCGCACUCGGUAUCACAGCCAAUGACGAAGACACACAACCCCUCGUAUCAAGUCCAUGCACUACCAACAGUGGCGGAUGCGAGGAGCUUUGCUACCCGCUCGCUAACGCGGCUUUCUCGUGCGGUUGUUCUUCAGGCUACACACUCAAUGGCGUGACAUGCGAAUCGACUCCUUACGAAGACGACUUCGUGCUAGUGGUUGACAGCGCCCUGAAGAAAAUCUUCCAAGUUCCAAUCGUGGUGGACGCCCCCGACGGUGACACGGGGUUAGGCGGCACCACGGAUGAAGGCGUAAGGGCACUGCCCCUAGAUGAUCUGGAGUAUCCGAUCGCGCUGACCUAUGACCCCGUGCUCAAACACGUUUAUUGGACGGAUCUGACGUAUGGGAGCAUCACAAAGGCAGCACUUGAUGGUAGCUUCAAACAGACAAUCGUCUUUGAUAACAAUGUCCAUGUUGGUAUUGCUAUUGACACGGCAAGGAGGCGAAUCUAUUGGACGGAUGAAGAUCGUGACGUCAUUGAAGUUGCCAAUUUGGACGGGAGUGGACGACAGACGAUCAUACAAAACAGCUUGAACGAGCCUAGAGGAAUAACAGUGGACAUCCAGACAGGCGACAUCUACUGGACAGAUUGGGGCAGUGCUCCUAAGAUCGAGAAGGCAUCCAGGUCAGGAACUAUGCGGGAGAUCCUCGUCACUGAGAACCUCAACUUUCCAAAUGGAAUUACAAUCGAUCCCACGGAGCGAAUUCUCUAUUGGUGUGACUCCAAUCACCCAGACCAAAGCAAGAUCGAGCGGUACAACUUGCUGACCAACGAAAGAACUCUUGUGGCAACCCUGCCGGCCCCAUCCCAACCCUACGGAGUGACCAUCCAUGGUGACUUUAUUUACUGGUCGGAUUGGGUCAAGAAUGCUGUUUAUCGGGUUGACCGCUUCGCUGAUAACCCCUUAGCCGAGGUAGUCGGAGAGGGCGUCAUGCUGGGUAUGCAGGGCAUUGUUUCAUCACAAAUCUUUGAAGUUGUGACUACAUUAGCGCCUCCGGUCACCCAGCCUGACACAGAGGGGCCAGAAAAGAGCUAUGUCAUCCCUGCUGCAUUUGGUGCUGUAGUCUUCGUUGUCGUCAUCAUCAUCGGAGUCGUCGUCGGUGUCAUUUGCUUCAGAAGGACCAAAGAAAACAGGAGAUUGGCACAGGGACAACGUGGGCAGCAGUCUAACGACUACAGGACCCGGCCGCAAGCAGCCAAGUGCUCCGAGGAACCACCGCCCCUCCCCGGCGGUCAUCCCAAUGACGAUCCGCUCUACAUGGAUUUGGACGCUUUCAAGAAGGAUCCCCCUCCACCCUACACAGAGCUGAAUCUGAAGCAGCAGGCGGGAGGAGAGCAGUCUUACGAGAAUCCAGCUUUUGACUCGGGCGGUGCCAACGGCAAUUCACUAUCACCGACCAUGCGCGAUUUGCCCGACGGAAUGGCGCCCCCGCCUCCGCCUCCGGGCGUGAGUCGGGACCAGAUGGCGGCGAGUGGUGGUUACAUGCCCUACCUGAAGAACAGUACCGAUCAAGAAGGUCUUUAUAUGACACCAGACGAAGCGGCUGGGACUACAGACUCACUGUAUGAAGUAGCCAAUGCGUAGCCUCGUCCCAAUUAAUUAACAGUAUCUUCAAUUUUUGUUAUGAAGAACAAUACCGAACGAGUACGACACCAGAUGGAGCAGUUGGUGGCACUACAGACUCAAAGUGAAAUAUAAUGCUUAGCCCGGAGUACGUUAACCGUAUUUCUAUUUUCUUUAAAAACAUUCUCGGACAAGAAGGCCCUUCAUGAAAACUCUGUAUGAAAAUGACAAUGAGUAGCCCAAAAUUCGAUGUAUUUUCUGUUUUUUCAAAGCAAUUCGUAUUGAUCAUUAUUAAGAACAUUUUGCUGGAAGAUAUUUAUUAACGCGGAAAGCAAUCCAGUUGUAUAAAAGCGCCUAUAAAUCCUCGUGGGAAUCACGAUAAUGUUUUUUAAAAAUGAUUUUCAUCCUAUGUUUUGUUCUUCUAUGUAAUUCUUUUGUAUACACUUUGUUUUGCCGAAUAAUUCAUAAUAAUAAUAAUAAUAACAACUCUUAUCCUAUGUUUUUGACGGGGAAAAAGCCUGGAGCAAUUGUCGCCGCAGCAAAUGUCACAGCAUCUUAAAGAGUAAGAUUUUUUUUAAGAUAAAAUAUUCAAAAAUUGUUUCGUCUGUGAAAGGAAACGUUUCAUUUUGUUUUGCUUAAGAUGCAGAUCAAAAUGCUUUGAAAUUAAUUGUUAUUGUAAUUUGCGCUGGUCGUAUGAUUUAAAAAAAAAACUGAACAACAUAAUUAUAUGGUGAAUAAUGUCUAUUUUUUAAUUAUUAACUAGAAAGAGGUUUUACAUUAUUAAGAUAUGUUUAUAUUUUUGCUUAGAAUGUUAACGUUAACUUUAUUAUCAUAACCUAUUUUCAAGAUUCGUUUAUAAUAAUAUUAUUCCCAGGUCGAUUCAUAUAUCUUUUCAUAUCUUUUUCACCAUCUCUUUAAUUACUACUUUGGUUUGUAGAUGAGAAUCAUUAUGAUCAUAGUUGUCAUUUAUAUCUCAUGUUUGUGUAUAAAAUGAAUAAAUAUAUUUUGCACUGACAAAAGAAGUAACUUGAUACUACCAGAUAUCCUGAUUAAAUAAUUUUGACAUAUUUAAAAAAAACUGUCAUUA